AUGCCAAUUGUUGCUUUAGGGGAAUCCACCAUCAGGGCUAUCGGCUCUGCGUCCGCUCUUCCCGACCCUUCAUCCGUGGCCAAAGAACUUCUAGACAAUGCCCUAGAUGCUGGAGCUACCUCCAUCUUCGUUGAAAUCUCUGUUAAUACCCUGGAUAUCAUUCAAGUGAAAGACAAUGGAUCGGGGAUACAACCUGCUGAUCGCUCACUUGUUUGCAAGCAAAACUAUACAAGCAAGAUUCAGACAAAGGAAGACCUCAACACCAUCAAUGGGAAAUCUUUGGGGUUCCGCGGACAGGCACUUGCCAGUAUUGCUAAGAUGAGCGACGCAGUGUAUAUUACGACACGUGUUAUAGAGGAACAGGCUGCAAGGAUUAUAAAGUUUGGGCGUGACGGCAAACCCAUAAGAGGAAUUCCAGUGUCCGGGAAUGUACACGAGUUGCUCUCUUCUCAAAUGUGGAAGUAUGAGCUCCCAGUUGGUCAGAGAAUUUCUUAUAAUAUCAGUGACACCCUAGCUUCCCACCCCGUUGGGACCACAGUUCGCGUUAUUGGCUUUCUAAAAUCGUUACCAGGCAGAAGACAAGAAGCUGAGAAAAAAUCUGCAAAAUCUGCAUUCAAUAUAAAAAAGUUACUCCAGAGAUAUGCGAUAGCACGGCCGAAAACACGGUUCUCCUUUAGACUGUUGAAAUCCAAGGACAAUGAUUGGGUUUAUGCACCAAGCUCGGAAGCGUCCGUCCGUGAUGCGAUUUCCCAAGUUAUUAGCCCCACAGUGAUGACUAGUUGCAUUUCCAGAAACUUAUCAUACCCGAUACAUGAAGAACGCAAUAGUCCAUAUACUGAAGAAGAGGUUCAUGACGUGUGUACUAUCCAUAUUUCGACAAUUAUACCGAACCCCAGCGCAGAAUGCCUGUCCAACGUUGACUACAAAGGGCAAUAUGUGGUUAUUGAUGGUCGACCAAUACUAACAUCUAAGGGUUUUGGUAAGGAAAUAUCCAGGCGUUUCAAGACACGCUUAAAACAAGCAAUAGAUGAGUCCAACGUUAUUGCCGACCCUUUCAUGUUUUUAUCCCUAGACUGCCCACCUGGUAUCUACGAUAUCAAUAUUGAACCAUCUAAGGAUGACGUUCUGUUUGAAGACCAUCCAGUUAUCCUCCAAAUAAUCGAGACUGCCUUCAUGGACGUCUACUGCUUGGGAGCUUCUACCAACUCACAUCUCAUGGAUACCCAUAGAAACAUUCCCAAUAAAAAUGAUGAGCAAGCCAGCUUAAGUACUGGUGUUAGUAGCCCAGCAUUAUUUAAAGGAAGCGGAUGUUUGCCAACGGUUAUUGCAUCCACCCCAACAGCUAACCCAUGGAAACUAUCCCUUUCUGCUCGGCAGCUUCGUGACCCUGGGCCUCACCUUUUAACUCCAGGCCGUGAGCCUCAAUUGUCAACCAAUUCUUUACCCUUAGAUAGUCCAUGCUACAGGAUUACUCAUAACAGGAACCCUAUGAAGCAGACUACGCUCAGGCUGGACGGUUAUAAUAAAUCACUGACCCUCACGAAGCAAAAGCCGGAGGCAGUCAGCAAUGGCUCAUUUCCAAGGGCCAUCCCAACACAGGAAUACCGUAUCAAUGUUCCCCACACUAUUGGCUCCUUUCUACACGCACCUGUGAGGAAUAUAAUAAGGGGAAAUGAAGAAAUUCAUCUGCUACGACCAUAUCCUCAUACAGCACCUUGUUCAAAAAUCUCUUCCGUAGCCAAAAGCCCCCAAUAUUUCAAAUUUUCGGUUUCUAAUAGCUUCGAAGAAGUUACUCUCUCGGUCGGACAUUCUAUUCUCAGACAUGCUCCUCAUAAUCAUCGUAUUGAUUAUGGAAGUCCAGGCUAUAUCCAAGUACCACCUACCUAUAAAUCAGUCGUUCCUGCUGAUAUAUCCCUACGAAUCUCCUCUCCCGAUCUUACAUCAGACUCUCAAAGGCCUUCAACGAACGGAUAUAACAACUCGGACGGUCGUCCCGUAUAUGGAGGUGAAAAUGGUAUGAACAAUAUUUCGGAGCAGGGAAGCCAAUCUCCUAUGGAAUGCACACCGUCAGUAGACUCGGUGUAUGAAGAGACAACACAUUGCAGGCAUGGAAUCCAGGAGUUCUCUGAUUCAAUUAAGCUAAUGGUCGAUACAGACCACUAUGUGAGGUCGGGGACUAUUGAGGCAACAUUUUCACAGGCUGAUUCGACAAGCAACCUCAGCUACUGGACCAGCAGGCUUCGUGUCCUAGCUAAAUAG